AUGCGUCCCAGUUUUUUUGGCAAAACAGGUACUCGUACAUUGUUUUCAAUCGAAUGCACGACGGGAAAAUCCAUUAUGAAACAUUCAUAUUUCAAUGAAACCGAAAAAGAAGUGAUUUUGAUGCCCGGAACAUAUUUUGACGUGGUUGGCCAGCUGAAUCCUGCCGACGGACUGCACAUAAUCCAUAUCAAAGAAAUUCAACCAAAAUUUCCAUUAAUUAUAGCACCCUUCGUCAAAACCGAGACAGGAUUAGCACAAGAAAAAGAGGUGAGUGAGACACCGCCUGCAGCAGCUGUAUCUAUGCCGUCAGCCAUGAACACCGAAAAGACUAUUAUUCUUAGUGAGGAAUUCAAACUGAAUCAACCAUUGACUAAUUUUCAUAAAAAAGAAAUUGACAACAAACGUGUAACGCAUUGGUCCUUUAAAUUACAAGACACUAUACCACAAAUUACUGAAGUGAAAUACUUGCCACGCGCAAAGAAUACCGGUCCUGAUUCUCUUUCAAAAUAUCCCAUAUCGUCAAUAUCUUCAAACCCCACACUUGAUAAUGAUUGGUGUCAAGGCACACAAAUAUGGAAAAUUAAAUCACAACGUCUGCCAUCUAACUUUUUUACACAAUUAAAUGCAGCCAUUACGCACCAACAAGCAAAACGUCUAUCGCCUGUACCGUCUUCGACCACCGUCAUGCCAUCUAUUCCAGCGCCUGUAUCGUCAACAAAUAAUCCUUUGCCGCCAUUUUUCGACUUAAGCCUAGAUCGGAUUAGCAAAGAACAAAUGGCAGACACCAAUAUUAUAGAAACAUUUAACUUGGUCAAACAAAAUCCGUCAAAGUCAUCGUUUAUAAUUAGAGAUGUUGUUGUGUUUAAAUUAUUACCACGAGGAAAAACAAAAAUUCGGUUACCUUAUAUUCCAAAAACACUAAUCAAAGAUAUAUUAUUCACUCAUCAUGAUCAUCCAUUAGCUGGAUAUUUUGGUAUUGAACGCACAUGCAGUCAUAAAACAAAGAAAAAUGUCUGUUUAUUCGGAAUACCAUUCAAGAGAAUACUAUCCAAGUCUAGUUUGAUGCCCGCAUUAUGGAAGUUUGAGGAAAAAAUGCUUUAUGAAAGUUUGUUCGUAUGA